GGAGGGGUGGGGCCCAGGGGCGGGGCUGGAGGGGGGUGGUUCGGCGCGGGGGCCGUUGGCUCCAGACAAAUAAACAUGGAGUCCAUCUUCCACGAGAAACAAGAAGGCUCACUUUGUGCCCAACAUUGCUUGAAUAAUCUAUUGCAAGGAGAAUAUUUUAGCCCUGUGGAAUUAUCUUCAAUUGCACAUCAGCUAGAUGAAGAAGAGAGGAUGAGAAUGGCAGAAGGAGGUGUUACUAGUGAAGACUAUCGCACAUUUUUACAGCAGCCUUCUGGAAAUAUGGAUGACAGUGGUUUUUUCUCUAUUCAAGUUAUAAGCAAUGCCUUGAAAGUUUGGGGUUUAGAACUAAUUCUCUUCAACAGUCCAGAGUAUCAGAGGCUCAGGAUCGAUCCCAUAAAUGAAAGAUCAUUUAUAUGCAAUUACAAAGAACACUGGUUUACAGUUAGAAAAUUAGGGAAACAGUGGUUCAACUUGAAUUCUCUCUUGACGGGUCCAGAAUUAAUAUCAGACACAUACCUUGCACUUUUCUUGGCUCAAUUACAACAGGAAGGUUAUUCUAUAUUUGUUGUUAAGGGUGACCUGCCAGAUUGUGAAGCCGACCAACUUCUACAGAUGAUCAGGGUCCAACAGAUGCAGAGACCAAGACUCAUUGGAGAAGAACUAGCACAACUGAAAGAACAGAGAGUCCAGAAAACAGAUCUGGAACGAGUCUUAGAAACAAAUGACGGGUCGGCCACGUUAGACGAAGAUGAGGAAGAUUUGCAGAGGGCUUUGGCACUAAGUCGCCAAGAAAUUGACAUGGAAGAUGAAGAAGCAGAUCUCCGCAGGGCUAUUCAGCUCAGUAUGCAAGGUAGUUCCAGAAGCAUAUCUCAAGAUACUCCACACACCUCAGAUACACAUCUGACUUCAGAAGAGCUCCGGAAGAGAAGAGAAGCCUACUUUGAAAAGCGGCAGCAGCAGCAGCAGCAGCAGCAGGGUCCUCCCGGACAGCUGUCACAGCCGUGUGAGAGACCGACCACAAGUUCAGGAGCACCGGUUAGUGAUCCAGGAGAUGCUAUGAGUGAAGAAGACAUGCUUCAGGCAGCCGUGACCAUGUCUUUAGAAACUGUUAGAAAUAAUUUCAAAACAGAAGGGAAAAAAUAAUACCUUUUACAAAUCAUUUAGAUAUUCAUAUUUUCCAACAUUAUUAUUCUGUGUGGUUAGAGCAUAGAGGGUCCAUUUUAGUAAUGUGUCAAACAAUGUUCAACAGAGGAGAUAAGACUGUUAGGUGGUUUGCAACAAAAAGAUGAGAAAGUGGAAAAAUGCGCCAGUUGUGGGACUAAAUAGUGAUCUUCCAAACACUAGCCAACGAGGCAUUUAGCAAUUAAAGAAACUUAAAAUAGUUUUCUAAAUGUUCCUUUUUCUUUCUGAGUGUGCAAUAUCUCUCAUGUCUAAAAUUAGGGCAUUUUUCUUGGAUCUUUUUGCAGACCAACUAAUUAGCUCUUGCCACAGAACAUUUUCCAUACAUGUUCUUCUCAUCCUUUCUGUUCAGGUCGUUUGACUCACUUUCCAUCACCUCAUAGUUGCUUUUCUUUCUCAUUAACCAAGUUAACCUUUUAGGACAGUGUCUCUUUUCUGUGUUGAUAGUAGUAACAGUUCCAGAAAGAUCCACUGCUUUCCCUCCAAUUAUGUAGCUUGCCCUGGGAUGUUUUCUUAUGUUAUUUCUCUAAUCACAGUUUCUUUGCUACUUGGUUUUCCUUACUUUUCUACAGCUCUUUUGAAAGAUGGUAAUCUUUCUGGAGGUUUUGCUUUUUAAGCCCUCUAAGAUGGGAUCAUUAGUUCAUGAUUCUGGUGCAUUCCAAAACGCUGAAAUCAACAAGUAUUUGAGAAUAAAUGAGAAUUUUUUUU